GAGGGGCUGGCGUUUAAGUCAAAGGCCUUGGGGUUCCGAGUCCCUCCUUCUUCCCGUGCUGUGAAGGCGUGACCCAUUUCAGCUGUCUGUAAAGUGGGGCCAUUAGUCCCUGCCUCGUGGUGGGAAAACUGGGAGACUGAACCAGGAGGCCGCCGCUCCCACCCUGGCUCGGGAACAUCUCUGUCCGCAGAUCGUUUCCUGGCGAGGUGCGCCUUCGUUCUUUUCCGCCCUUUGGAACAUAGAGCGGCCCCUUGGCCUCCAGUUCCGCGCCUCCCGCAGUUGGAGGCGUGCCCGGAAGUGCCCCUAAGGCAGCCCGGAGGGCCGCGGGCGCUCCACUAUGGCGACGGCGGGGGCUCCGCGGCGCUUUUGCCGCUGCGCCUGUUUCUGCACCGAGAACUUGUACGUGGCGCGCUACGGAUUGCACGUGCGCUUUCGGGGCGAGCAGCAGCUGCGCCGGGACUACGGCCCGAUCCUGCGCAGCCGAGGCUGUGUCAGCACCACGGACUUCCAGCAGCUGUUAGCUGAGUGGCCUCAGGAGGAUGGGAGGCCCCACCUGAUAACAACCCUGUGCCACCCCAGCUUGAGCAGGAGGUGGAGCGGCGGCGGCGGCUGGGGCUGGAGUCAGCUGCUAGGAAAACCCUCAUUGCAAGUUCCUACCGCGUGGCACGGCCUGAGGUGUACAACUCACUGCAGGAUGCAGCUCUGGCUCCCGAGUUUCUGGCUGUGGCUGAGUACAGCGCAUCCCCGGGCGCAGACCUCAAGGGCCUUCUCCAGCGGCUGGAGGCAGUAUCUGGUGCUGCUGCACGAGCUCGGGCUGGACGAGCCGCUGGUGACCCCACUGCGGGAGCGCUUCCUGCAGCCGCUGAUGGCCCUGCUGUACCCUGACUGUGGCGGGGGCCAGCUCGACAGCCACCGGGCUUUUGUGGUCAAAUACGCCCUGGGCCAGGAUCUCGAGCUGGGCUGCCACUAUGAUAAUGCCGAGCUCACCCUCAAUGUGGCCCUGGGCAAGGUCUUCACAGGGGGUGCCCUGUAUUUCGGGGGCCUCUUCCAGGCACCCACAGCCCUGACAGAGCCCCUGGAGGUGGAGCACGUGGUAGGCCAGGGCAUCCUGCACCGGGGUGGCCAGCUGCAUGGGGCCCGGCCCUUGGCCACUGGAGAGCGCUGGAACCUCGUCAUCUGGCUCCGUGCCUCUGCUGUGCGGAACCGCCUCUGUCCUAUGUGCUGCCGUGCGCCUGAUCUGGUGGACGACGAGGGCUUCGGCGAUGGCUUCACCCGAGAGGGGCCUGCCACAGUGGAUGUGUGUGCACUCACCUGAGCCUACUUGGACCCAGUGUGGGGGUGGCAGGGCAGGUGAGGGCUCUGUCACGGGCUGGCGGCAGAAAUUAACUCCCUGCAGCCUACUGCACUUCUUGGUUCAAGGAUGUGCCAGAUUCUGGGUUAUCCUCUGGGUCAACAGGCUGCUUUAGUUCAGGUUUGUUGGAAGCGGAGUCUGGAAUGAGGCUUCAGUGAGGGAGUGAGGAAAGCAGGGGAGGGCAGGGAGCAGCUGGGCAAGGAAGUGGCUUCAGAGGAAGUCCAGCCUCAGCUGGGCCCUCGGGGAGCUUCAGGUAGAGCCCACAGUACUGCAGUGUGCCCACAGCAUUGGUUAGUGGCUCCUGGGUGAGGGAGGGAUGAGUAACUUCCCAGACACUUAUCUCCAGGGCAGGGUGGCUUCCAGUGGCCAAGGGAAGCCUCCAGAGACAGCGCAGUUGUGAAUUCUUGGCAGCAGAGACAUCACCCCCAGUGGACUCGGGUGGACCACUAGUAGCAUCUUCUAGAUGGCAGAGGGGUGAAUGGCAGGGCCGGGAGCCAGGCUGCCCAGGUUCCCAUUCUGCUUAUGCCACUUCCACACUUUGUGUGGCUUUGAGUGAGCCUUCACCUUUUGGUGCCUUGGUUUCCUCAUGUGGAGAGCACCUACCUCCUAGAGCUGUUCUGAGAGUCAAAUGCGCAGACGUUAAUAAAGUGCUUUGCAAAGA